AUGGAUAAUGAAGUAAAUGAUGUUCCAGAAGAUGGGGAAAUUAUAGAUUAUGAACCUCUACCUCGACCAUCAGUAGCUUCGGUUGUUUCUAAAUGCUCUUUCAGAUCUAACAAUGAAAGAGGGCGUUCAAGUGAUUCGAGUGAAAAUAGUGACUCUGACAGUGGGCGUGAAUCUCGUAAAAGACCAAAAAUUUUGAAGAGGAGUUCUGCCAGAAACAAAUAUAAUGUUUGGACGUCGGAAGUUCAAGCUUCUGAACUCAUGGACGAAAUUUGUAAUUGGGAAGCUGGCAUAAAUAAUAAAGUUAUGGACAAAAGUAGGGCUGUUGAAUCAUAUUACCACUUUGCAGAAAACGAAGAACCGAAACAUUCAACUGAAAGCGAUAAUCGAAAACGCCAUCAUGGGGAAGUUGUUGAUUUAAGAUCCAAACUUGGCCGAAAACCAAGCCCAGACAAGGAUCAAACGAUUCAUCCUCGAUAUUUAUCAGAAUUAAAAGUGUCUUUGGAUGAUUCAGUUGAAGAUGUCACCAGGGACAUAACUCUCAAAUUGUGUGAAGAGAAUGAAGAUCUUGUGUUACGUGUUGUCACAGUUUUAGGAACAGAGAAAGCAAUUGAUUUGUUCAACAAAACGAGAAAUCUUGAGAAAAAUGGAGGUAUGAUGGUAAUGAAUGGUUCCAGGAGAAGAACACCAGGUGGUGUAUUUUUGCAGUUGAUUAAGAAGGACAUCAGUGUGUCAAAACAACAGAAAAAUAGCAUUUUCAUUGAUGACCAAAAAGUGGGAAACAAAAGUAAGAAAUCCAAAGCCAAAUCUCACCAAAAGAAGGAAUCUGAAAUUAAUACAACUUUGCCUACAGAUAAUGUUGAAACUGAAUGUUUGACAGUGUUACAAAACAGAAAAGAUCUUGUUUUGUCCAAGGAAACGCAUGUGUCAGAAGGUGCUAUGGUCAUGGAUAAUUCAGAACCACAGUCAACUAUUGGAAAUGACGUGGAUCCAAGGCAAAUGGCAGUCUAUGAUGAUAUCUUUGAUGAUAAUCCUUGUGAUGUAGAAUUUACAUAA